GCAUCUUUGAGGCGGGUGGAGGGACCUUCUACUCUACCCUGUUGGUCGCUCUAAGCGCAACCGAGCCUUCCGGAUUGGCCGUCGUACUCCCCCUUUCUGUUCAAGGCCUGCCUCCUGCCGCCCUGAGCUUUGGUCCUCAAAUAGACCAUGGCCCUGAGAGCAUGUGGCUUGAUCAUCUUCCGAAGAUGCCUCAUUCCCACGGUGGACAAACCUGCAAUUGAGUUUCUACUGCUGCAGGCAUCAGACGGCAUUCAUCACUGGACUCCUCCCAAAGGCCAUGUGGAACCAGGAGAAAAUGACUUGGAAACGGCCUUGCGGGAGACUCAGGAGGAAGCCGGCAUAGCAGCCGGCCAGCUGACCAUCAUUGAGGGGUUCAGAAUGGAGCUCAAUUAUGUGGCCAGGAAGAAGCCUAAAACAGUCAUCUACUGGCUGGCCGAGGUGAAGGACUACAAUGUGGAGAUCCGCCUCUCCCAAGAGCACCAGGCCUACCGCUGGCUGGGGCUGGACGAGGCCUGCCAGUUGGCUCAGUUCAAGGAGAUGCAGGCCGCACUCCAAAAAGGACACCAGUUUCUCUGCUCCUCAGCAUCCUGAGCUGACCAGAGCAGAGUCAUUUACCUCAGUGGGAUCCUUGAGGGCCUUCUGAGAUGAACAGUGUCAGCCCGGGGAAGGUUGUGUGGGUCUUUGGCUCAUCGUACCAAAGAGCAGAUCGGUUAGUAAAAUCAGCUGAGAACUUCAGAGGAGAGCAAACAAACGUCUCAGCUGGGUGAAAAGGAAGGCAAAUGAGGAGUUUAAAAAAAGAAAAAAGUCUAGGCGCAGUAAGUUCGUCCUUGUAUUUUAUAAAUAAACUUCAGGCAGUUUAUCUGUCCAUCUAA